GAAGGACAAUAAUUCUAGAGUAACUUCAGUGACUGUUGUACAGUGAAUAGCUGAGUAUGUUUUAUUGAUGUGGUUUCAGUGGUCUAAAGGCUUGGGUUAUAAUAUUUAAUAUCUCAGUUAAGAUUUCACAUGCAUUUUAUGUCAGGCUGUGAUUUUGGAUCAGGGUACACAGGCCUACUUUCUCAAUCCAGCCCCUAUGUUAAUCACAGUACCAUCCUGUGACAUAGUUGAUUGACCCAGUUGUCCUUACCCCUCCUCUAACCUGCUGGAAGUUUCAGGCCACUUUCAUACUAAGCACUUUCUCAGGCUGUUCUAGAAUAUUCAAUGUUUUCUGUGUUUACAAGUUCUCUAUUGUCCUCUGCCCUGAAGUAGGUCAAACUCCCGGGUGCCACCUUAAAUCUUCAUAGACAUGCCAAACAAGUGAGCAAGGCUUUGCCAAGCCUCCACUGUGCCAACACUGCCAUUGGUCAACAAGCACUGUUGGUGGGCUGUUGCCAUAGCACCCUCAUUAAGGGAGGGGCAGGGACAUGUUGAGAAAGUGUUGGUUUCAAGUCCCAGUGAAGGAGUACAGGUUGUCAAUGUCACAUCACAGUACAGUAACUACCAAGUCAUUUACCAGAGCUGAGGACAUUGAAAUGUACUAGAAUUCAUGCCCAGUGAUAAGGAAAUAAAAACACUUUUACACAUAAGUACUAGUUCUAGAGCAGCACAUACCCUAAGUACAUACGCUCUAGAAUGUAAACUGUGAUAAGUUGUUUUAUGGAAGCCAGAACAUACAAAAAUAUGCGCAUGCGCUCACACACACACACACUGACAUUUACAAUGUAUGACGCAUGGCAUUUUGCAGCGAUGUGCAUUAGCUGGAAGCAGAAAGAUGAGGGGUAGAGUAAGAGAAGCAGCAUUGAGAGGUUGUGUGUGUGAGAGAGUGAAAACAUACGCCAGUGGAUUAAGCUGCUUUGUGAAGGGAAACUGAGGAAAGCUUAUAGAGAAGUGAAGAGAGGGAUGGAGGCUUUUGCCCUGACAACCCACCACAGUUCAUAACAGCUUAGCCAGAGAGGGGAAGAAAACAGGGACAAAUGCAGGAAAAACAGGAUCAGCCACUGAAAAGUAGCCCGGGGAAGGCUCACCCGGCUCUCAAAGCCUUUAUGUGUGGCUCUCUCAGUGGAACAUGCUCCACCCUGCUCUUCCAGCCUCUGGACCUGGUCAAGACCCGCCUGCAGACCCUUCACAGCAACAUGCAGCCUGGUUCAGCAAGAGUGGGGAUGGUGACUGUGUUCUUAAGUGUUGUACGGACAGAGAAGCUCAUAGGACUUUGGAAGGGGGUCUCACCAUCAUUUUUGCGGACCAUCCCCGGCGUAGGGAUCUACUUCAGCACCUACUACUCUCUGAAGCAGCACUACUUCCUGGAGCAGGGCCCCGGGGCCAUGGAGUCUGUGCUGCUGGGAGCUGGGGCCAGGACUGUGGCAGGGGUCUGCAUGCUACCUGUCACUGUCAUUAAGACUCGCUUUGAGAGUGGCAGGUAUAACUAUGUGAGUGUGGCAGGGGCUUUGCGCAGUGUGUGUCAAACAGAGGGACCCAGAGCUCUGUUCUCAGGGCUGACCGCCACCCUCCUCAGAGAUGCUCCCUUCUCAGGCCUCUAUGUCAUGUUCUACAGCCAGGGCAAGAACACUCUGCCACAGGAGAUAAGCACGUCUCCCUACGCGCCCCUGGCUAACUUCAGCUGUGGGAUUCUGGCCGGGGUCCUGGCUUCCCUGGUCACCCAGCCAGCUGACGUGGUCAAAACCCACGUCCAAGUCAGCCCACAUCUGUACAGGAGGACUGCAGACGCUGUGCGAUACAUUUACAAUGAGCACGGGUUUCAAGGGUUCUUCCGGGGUGGGGUGCCACGUUCUCUGAGGAGGACCAUGAUUGCUGCCAUGGCAUGGACGGUGUAUGAACAGCUGAUGGCCCGCAUGGGGCUCAAGUCCUGAGGAGGGAUGACAAAAAGGAGGGAUGACAAGAAGAAGGGAUGACAAGUCCUGAAGAGAGAGAAUGAAAUGAGGAACGUGUGUGGACCGAGGAAGAAAGUGAAAGUCAAGUCACCGAGGACAAACCAGUACAGUGAGGAGUGCCCUGGAAGGCACUGCUGUGUUUGUGUCUUUAAACUGCCUAGUUGUGAGAGUGUGCCAAUGGACUUCUUCACUGACAUACAGUAUUCUGCCAUAACAUUAUUAACACAUUGCAAAGAUAUGAUACCUCAAGGACUGGUAUCCAUAUUUUGACAGAAAGAUGGAGACUAGUAGUUUUAUUAAAAUGUCUGUAUAUUUGAA